ACACAGCGCGGUCGGCGCGAACUUCGUCGCACUCCUUGACUGAGCAGUCAUCAAGGCAAGAAGGCGAUGGGUCCGGAUCCUCCUCGUCCUCCUCCAGCAGGAGGAAUUACACUGGUGGAGGCGGACCUCUCUCGGCGAUCCCAGAGCAGUCGUCCGCCUCUUCUUCCGGGUCCUUGGAGCCGCUCCAGGCCGCGAUAGGGACGUCGGGAACUACUACAGCAGGGGCAUCGGCGGCGGCGCGGGCGAGCACGACCAGUGGGGCUGACGAUCACAGUAGUUCAUCGGGAAAUAUAAUUAACUACGGUGACGUAUCGGUCCAUAAUGACACUUCGUUGCUCAACGAAUCCUUUUCCUCGCAGCUCGGCGUCAUGGUGCUUGCGUCACCCGAGGAGGCCCCCGACUUGACCGUGCCGCUGGGGUUGUCAGAGGAAAAGUUGAGGCACAUGCAGACCCGCAUCAAGCAGCUCCAGCAACUCGUGAAGAAGGAACGCUCGCAGAAACGGCGCGCCGAGGCCGAGGUCACGCGGUUGAAGAUACGAGAGGGCGACCAGGGGUCACGGGUCGGCGAGGAGGAGAACUACUCCAUGGUUGAAAUAAGCCAUGCCAACGCAACUUCGUCAACGCAACACCACGCGGUUCUAUCCAAGGAGUCGUCUGCGUCGUCCUCCUCGAGCAGUGCUGCUUCGAGCAAUGCCAAUGCAGCAGCGGAGGUACUGCGGAAAAAUAAGGCAAGAGCCGGCCAAGGAAAAGACCGGGAAGUAGGACAAGAACUUGGACUACGAGACGCGGAUGUCGAGGAUCCCGGCGCGCCACCGAAUCAGGGUGCGUCUGAACAAGAAGGAGCUGCGCUUGGUUCAGUAGCCGGCACGGGACCUUCGUCACGCUCAUCGCGAGAUCGACAGCGACUACUAGUACAGCAGGUAUCCUGGUGUGCGAAACUUGUCGUGGAAAAGGUGCAGUCGUGUAAAACGCAAUCUUGCAUGGCCCAAUUGACAAGUUGCUUUUCUUUAUUCUUUUCUGCUUGAGUGUGGCCGCUGUGCACGACGUCUAACUACUAGGAGGUAGAAUAACAACAAAUCGCCCAAUUGUUUCUUUUUUCCCUCAGAAUGCAAGGCAAUUUCUUGUCGUUGUCCUGCGAAUAUAUAUAUUGCGACAGUUUUGCAAUCCAUGACGGCAGCCCGGCAGCAAAUUGCUGCUCGAUGUGGUGCGAACCGACGAUGGGGCCUUCGUCGCGCGCUACGACAAGGAAUUCCAGGUUGUGUUCGACCAGAAGCAGAUGAAUGGUGUGGCGCGAGGAGGUGGAGAUAAACUGGGCAAACAUGGUAGUACAACUCGUCCGUCUCAGUCGGACCUCGACGUGCCCUCCGCGGAAGAGGCUGCAAGAGCGCAGGUAGAGUUGUGGCGCACCAUGGCGCGAGACGACAAGCCGGGAGAAAAUCUCGUCGAUUUCGGCGCACCGGUCGUGUUGCGCACCGCACAGAAAACGGACCCUGCGUCGCCAAGCGACUUGCCGGAGGGAGCGGAGACCACACGGCUGCAUCCGGGGGACCCAAGGAGAGGAGGGGAUGGUCUUGAUGCGCCACCUAUAGUACCUGCUGCAACGGGAUCAUCCAAAACGAGCGCUGUCGCCUCAACCGGGCCCUUCUUCGAGAACGAGCAGCAACCUCCGGGUGGCACGAUGGAGCGAUUUAACAACAAGCAGAAUUUCGAGCACGGCGAGACCGGGGCCACACCGCCACGGUUGCUCGGCGCGACCGGCGGUGCAGGAGCAGGCAACUACACCGUGGCCAGCGGGGGCACACACAGCAGUAGCAAAGAGCCGAGCCUCCUGGGCAGAAGCGGGAAAGUAGAAGGUGGGCAAGCGAUUACUACACCGAGUCCUCCCGGCGGGACCCGUAGCAGCCCCUCCGGCGGGGCUCGCCCGGAUGAUCCCGGUCGGGAGGAAGCUAAUUUCAAGCCGGGGACGAGCAGUAGCAAGUCGCAGCUGGAGCCAGGUCGACACGACUUGCAGUCGAAGUCUUCCUCCACCCCCGGAACGACCUCCCGAUCCGAGCCCGAGCAGCCGCACGAUCAAAGCGCAGAUGCGAAGAUGCCGGCGCAGAGCAGGAGGCAGGAGUUGUUCGCAGAAAAAAUGAGGCAGCUUGUUGUUCCCACCGCUCCGUCGGCGCUCACGAGUUUCCGCGACUUUGUCCAGAACUACAGAAAGAAGGAACAGGACCUACUCUACCAAAGAAAAGAUUUGUAUCAAAGGGCCAACGAGGACUUCUUCGCAGAGGGACGUGGGCCAGGACCACGGGUACGGCCGCCUGCUAAUUAUCUGGGGCAUGCCGCCUCUUCGUCGUCGUCUUGGUGGACUACUAGGGGCGGGAUCAUCAACGAAGAUUUUCUGGUCCAGCAGUUUGCAAACACGGACUUCCUCGCACAAACCUUCACCAAGCAAAAUUGGAAGCGACACAAGGUCUGGCGGGGCGCGUUCGUUGAGGAGCGCCUGUUACUCUUGUCGGAUUUCUUCCUCGGAAGGAACUUUUUCAAGUCCUCCUCGUCGUCCAGGGAUCUUUACAAUCAGGUGCGCCGUCGGGGGCAAGAAGAAUCACAGCCGACGGAGAACUCGCACUCGGCCAGUGGCGCGCCUUCGACUUCUGAGCCAACUGGUGGGACGAGCGGGGCACGAGCUGCCGCUGGAGCCGGCGGCGGCCUCUUGACCAGUUCUGCAGUGGGGGCAGAUGCCCAGCCGCAACUGGAAGCCGAGAUGAUGCAGCGCCCAAAGAAGAGUGUCAACUUCAGGCUGCUUGCCUACGAAUUUAUGCUUUUCUUCGUGGACGUUUAUAAUGCCAGCCCUUCUGGUUCUGUGGACCAACCGAUCUGCAGUGUGGAGAAUCUGGUGUGGAAGCUGCGACUGCAAAACCGACUGACUGCGAGCGAAAGUUCUUGCGUCGCCGACUGGACGCUGGGACGCGGCGAAAUGGGAGGGUCCGCGUAUGCUAGUCCUGGCGGGAGGAGGACCGCCCAGCUGGACGCCGGGACGGCGUUCUUAGUGCACCUCUCGGAACGGCUGCUGCGCCAAUGUGUCGAAAUAGAACACUUGGUGCGGAGAAGAUCCGCGACGACGAGAAGGCUUAUAUGCGACUGCACAACUCGUCGACCUCUCUCACUGAUAUUUUGUGGGUCCAGAACUGGAAAGCGACCAGGCUAAAAAUAAGGCAAGAGAGUAGUAGCUUCUGCAUGCUGAUGAAUAAGCAAGCACGACGACGGACCUGCAUAUUCUCGUGAUCGAAUAACAAGAACUGAGACUGCUGCUGGCUCUAUUGGCGCGCCAGCUACUGGCAGGAUCGCGCACGAUUGCGCGCACCAGCGCCUUGGAGAUAUACACCCCGCGGACCAACCCUCACGGCGCGGCCCGGCUCGGUAGUACAGUGAGUCUGUUAAAUUACCAUGACAAAUAAAAAGAAACAUGGCAGGAGCACAGAUUUGAAAUGUCUUACCGGGCUGUUGAAGUAGCGAUGAGUUCUUUGAAGACAGAACUUGUGAUGCAAAUGCUGCCGCGAAAACAAAGCUAAAGGCAAGCGCAGAUGGCACGCAAUAUCACGCAUGAGAAGGAGAGGUGGAGUUGUGCACUUUCACAUCGAAGAGGCGCUUGCUUGGCGAAAGACAAUUUCUCGCAGCUGAAGGGUCGGCGACGAGGACGAGGAGGCAGGAGAGGUUCUGGAGAGCCGCCUUCGUCAGUUUCCCGAAAAAUAUGGAAAAACGGAGCGGGUGGAACCAGUAGACCGCACGGCGACGAGAAUGAUUAUGAUUUUCACCUCCCUUCUCGUCGUGCUGGAAGACCACGACGACCGUCUCCUGUCACGGAGGAGGAGAAAACCAGGCAAAAGGGGUUUGCUGCUUGGGUCACACGCACCCUGCUCGUGUUGGAGGACUGUUUUGAGCAUGCGGCCGUGAGGGCAGCGACGGAAAGUAUUCACAGAGCCAACCAUGAGCGAUCGACAGUUGUGUCGCAGGGUGACGUUGUACGGGUGGAACACGAGGAGGCGGCGGCGCGAGAGGUGAAGCAAGAACCUUUGGCAUCUUCAGCCGCCGAGCGGGUGGACCACGCUGAGAGGGUGAACCAGCACGACGGAGAACACCUCCGUCUCGAGGAGGUUGAGCACGCAUGCGCGCAGCUAGGUCUGACGCUUGUGCAGAAUCUUCUGGAACGGGUGGCUAUUGGGGCAGAUGAGUUCAUUAUGCAGUGCAAGAUUGUUGUCUUGAAGGUUCGGAAAGGUCUUACAACUUGUUGCUCACUGUCUCGACUGAGGACGAAAAAAAUCGGUCUUGCAUAUUAGAAACCAACAUCUGGAGGUUUGCAUGCGGACUACCAAAAGUUUACACCUCCACUACUUUUAUUGGACAAGACAACUAGUACUACAAUUGGGACGACUAGAUCAUUUCUGUAUUUUUCGAGGCGAAUGCAGCUGCAUUCCAGACCUCGUCGCGCAUCAUGGAGGGGCUGCGUGACAAGCACAAGCUUACCUCCAGCCUACAGACAUAUCUUCUAUUUGGUGUGAAUAUUCCUCGUAAGACGACCUCCUGCUGAUGUUAGAAACUCCUACGCCACAAGCGAAGAGGCAAACCACAUUCCGAGGAAGGAAGACGCAACCACCAGGCGCUUCAGUACGAGCCAGGUGAACAGUGCGUUGCAUCGGUGGUACUACCACCAGCACAAGUGGCAAAUAUGAAAUGCAAAUAUGCCCGGCUAACUCCGGAAGCUUGUGGUUGUGGUUGCAGAAUGAAUCACGAGCACGCGUCAAUUUCUAUUGACCGCAAAGCGUGAGACGUUUUUUGAUUCGUCCCAAUUGUUGUCUAAUCUGCAUGUUGACAGAGUACAAGUGAAACAUGACAGACUUAAAACAGUCAUGAUACUGCCGAGCAUGACAACCCUUGCACUUGCUUGCACUUUUCCAGACCACCCAGAGGACAUAGUUGCAACGCAUAGCAGCUGGAAAAGAACCAUCUUCGGAGCAGAAAUACACGGGAAGUCAAUGGAGCACCAGAAAGCAGAGAAGUGCUCGAUUGCAGGAAUUUCUCGUCCGCCGCCGCACCGCUCGCAGCUGCCUGCGCCGAGUUGACCCGAAUCACCAAAUCUAUCUCGGUAUGCAUUGCACAACCGGCAUCGUGCUGCUUAUAAAAUAAACGGCUCUAGUACACCAAAUACAAAUAAGUUUGUGCACUUUAUUGAUAUUGAGGACGUUCCGUACUUGAAUGUCGAAAAGUUCUGACCCUAUUCAACGGCGUGACCCUACAGUUCUCUGGGGGUAGCAGGCUAGCCCUUCCGUGCGUCAGAGAAGGGAGUACCAGUGCCAAGCCCUAAUUAUCACCAGAUUUGGGCGUAGAUUUGUAGCCCUGGCAAGGUACUUCUCACCACGUAGAAAAGCAAUAGGAAUUUUGUCAUGCCAUGUCGCUUGUUCAAUUAUUUUUAGGGCGACGAGUUUAUUUUAGAUUAUUGAGGGUUCCUAUUUUGAUUUGAGAUUAGGACGAGGAGUGCGAUGCUUUUGGACAGGAUACCCGGUCUGGCACCUCAUUUCCCUUGUGCAGGAAAUUCUGCAGCAGGUUGUCGGGGAACAGCAGGAGGGUCUCCGGAUUUUUCAAAAAAUCGAGCAAGAAGAGGAAGGCGAUAGGAACAGAGAUAAGUAUCCGGAACGGCAAAUAAAUUUCUCCCAAGCGGCCGGAGGAGGAUUUUCUUCCUGUCCCGCUGGCAGCAAGAACGGGGGCAAUAACGAUCUUCCAUUUUUCCACCUUGGAACCCGGUUUUUUCUCAAGCUGUUGCCCCACUUCUGGGAGACCACCUACGCAUUGCAAAUCAAUAUGGCUGACACUGGGUCUGAAAGACUGCACACUUGCGGUCAUACUGAGAGCCAAUAAUAAUGAUCCCGAACCUGUAUAAGUAGGGCAUGCUGCGAAAUUGCCUUAAACUCACUGGUCCUGGUAUGUGUUUGUCACGCAAAAUGCUUGUGUUGAUGCGCGUUACGCAUUACUCGACCAUUCGAAAUAAAUCUCUUAUGCUUGGCUGCCUAGUUCUUCUCUAGUCAGUUUGUCACUCGUAGAUUAGCAUGACAACUUUCCAGACCCAGACACAUUUGCAUGUCCAUUUGAUACUACUGCGCAAGUGAACACUUUUUCCGACGACCUGGACCUCUUGGACACGAGCUACUCAGACGACGGCGCCGCCACCGCCGAAGAAGACGAUGAGUACGUCGACCUCGCACGCAGCAUUUUGUGGGUCACCGCGAGUGUGAGUCCGAGUUCCGUGUUGAGUCGCGGAGGUUUAGAAGUAUCCGCGUCAAAUAAAAAUGCCUCCGCGGUGGACCGUUCUUACAGUUGUUUCCUGCUGACCGCCGAGACACACGGGUUGCUGGCCUUGUCCGCGCGCUUCAAAAAACUGUUUUUCGACGUUAUGACCCGCUCAGAGAUUUUUCCCACCUCGGCUGUGAAUCUGAGAAAAGAGAAGCUUUCAUCUCGUGGAAAAGCUGUUCUGCGAUCUACUUCUGGCCAGGAGUUCCCGCAAGAAGGAGGUUGCAAGAACGCGCAUGAAAACAAGUUCACAAGGGUCACACUGCUCGUCUGGAGUGGUGGACAUUGAUUUGUACAAGCGCAAUGAAGCUUGUUCGUAUGUAUUUUUGAUGUUGUUCAUGCAAGAUAAAGCAAAUUCAUCAAAACUCAGGCUUUCUUUGUAAAUUGCUCAGAUCCAGAUGGCCGAUGUAAAUAAAGAACCUGACCGGGCGAUACGCGUCGAAUACAAUGCAAGAAACUACGCCUCCGUGUUUCACCACGUCCUCGAGGAUCCUGAAGGGCAGGCGCAGUUGGACGCACCAUCCAGAAGUGCCUUAGUCGACGACGGCGGCGACGAGGAGUUAUCAUCGAGUGGAGCGGAGCGAGGCUCCUCCUCUUCGGCCUCCGAAGAUGAACAAGCGGGCUCUUCCUCAGAAGCAGAUGAACCGUCGCGGGCGACACUUUCUAAGCACCAUGCAGCUUCCUCUUCCGCGCGGACAAGAGGGAAGAAGAGAGGAGUUGCAGCCCUCCACGGGGCACUUGCAGUGCCGCGAUCCGCACCGGACAAAGGGCGGGGUCGGCGAGGGUAUACAGAUCCUGACGAGCAGGACCACUAUCGCAGUGGUUCUUUCGCCGCUACGAAGGGCGCGGGGCUGCUCGAUACUAUCGGCUUGCAGAAUACCUGGCGAGGUUUCCUGCGGUUCGAAACCCUGCUCCAACGCGCUGCGAAAAGCUUGUGGGCCGGGACCAGUUCAUCUUUCAACAUGAUCUUCAACGACGAGCCCGGAAUUAUGAGUUCGCUGCAUGAUCAUGCAGAGCAUGAGGAACAUCAACAAGGUGACGAGGUGGAUGCGCCAGCUGGCCGCGCGGAACUCUCCAGCUUUCCUGUCGGGCCCACACGCAGCCUUGAGUCCGGGAUCCAUUUCCUCAGUCGCACGGGCAAAAACUUGGCCUCCAGCACGAAGCAGGCUUUUUUCGGGGCAAACGAACAAGAAGCUGGUCACACUCUUGCAGAAGACACGGACAAAAACACGGAGAUGUUGAACCACAAUUUUUCACCUUCUGACUAUACAGCCAACCACAACUCGAGCUCGUCUCCUGACGAUGCCAAGUCAUCUCGUCCGCCCGGCGCGGCGCGUGCCCCGUUGUACCAGAAAAGGGGACAUCAACGCGAGGCCGAAGCAGACUCCUUCGGGCCGCGGCAAAGAACGCAAGCGGACGUGGCGAAUAAAAGGGCGGGGAAGGAGCAGCAGGACGAGGGUGCUCGACCGCUCUGGACGCUUUCUCCCUUUCACGAAACCGCGUACCGGGCACUGCUGACGAUCGACUUGCGCGACAUGCUCACUCUCUGUCUGAAGGACUAUCGCCGCUUCGUGGAUUCUGAGGGCAUGACGGUCCUCGUUCAGCUAUUCGCUAGCGUCUCCGAGCGGUGUUGCAUUCGCAGUGAUGCGUUGCCCGAACUCUUAUUUGAGGGGGAGGCAGAUCAACCCACGAAGAUGUUGAAAAGCGCAACCUCGCAGAAGAAGCAGAGGGGAACCAAUCAAGUGAUGGAGCAAGAUGAUGGGUUCUUUUCUUCCAGAACCGCCCGGCGGGGCGGGGACCGCAGCCGCACUCUCAAACAAGAACAGAGCCUAGGUGCUCUCUCAAGGAGGAACCUACACGAGGCAGGCCCUUCCUACGAUUUUGACGCAGGAAGGGCUGGUGGUACCACUACUACAACUCCGGUGACAACAUCGAGGGGAACCACGAAGACCGCGCACCAACGGAGGCGGCACUUCUACUGCUACCUCGUCUGGUCGGCCGGCACCGCGCAGUGCGAGCGGCUCCUGCGGCCGAUGAAACUCUGGGAAAGCAAGUCUGCAAAGGACAUCGGGCUUUUUCAGCAGAUGCUCUCAGUGCAAAAAUUCAUGGACGAGCUCGCGGAGAACAUUGAAGCGCUGAAAGAGGAAAUUGCUUGCGACGACGAGUACUACAGCCAAGCUCUGGACCUGCUUUUUCUUGACCCAGCGGUGGGCAAGCAGCCCCGCAGUGGAGCUACUUCCGGUCGUCCAGAUUCUCAAAGGCCGGCUGCCUCCUCAUCUAGGAGAUGGUCGAAGCGGGCGAACCCGAAGAAUUAUAGGUUUGAUCAAAAUACUAGAAGGGAUCAUCACGGACGGGCGGGGCGGGCAAUUCCGGUGGAAAGUAGUACUUCAUCAUCCACGAACGCCUCAGAAGAGGAACCGAGCAUCUACUUCUCCCACUAUUCCGUACACAUAAUCGUCGACGCCAUCCGCUACGCCGUCCGGGAUGUGCUGUACUGGGUCGCGGGGGAGAAGCGGCACUCGGUUUCUCUACCACCUCCUACGGACCGCAAUCUGAAUGCCGAGCCUGGUGGUCCUUCUCUGGCAGGCGGAAUCUCCGCCGGUGGAGGUGGUGCUGACCACAUCUACUUCAAUGCUUCCACCGCGCCAGCCGCAGUUACCUCGGCCUACCACAGUCCCUCACUGCCGUCCGCAGGGGAAGGUAGUGCGUGGGCUUCUGCUACGCCGAAUCUGGAGCACCUUCACCACGCCGCGACGGGAGGAGGUUCUUUUCCGUUUAGUACCAGCAGGCCAAACAUGACGCGGCCGUGGAACGUUGCCAGUGAGGAGGAGUUGCCACCUUCGGGAGGGAAAGUCGUUUGGGCGGUGUACGAGCUAGAGCAAGAAGCGCUGCCCUGGACGACGGGGAGCGCCGCCGCAGGAGCCUUAACGCUUCCUCGGGAUGACGAAAAUGCAGCAGAUUAUUAUAUUAACCGAGACAGCACCGCUGUUAGAGUCGGUGGUCCUGGUCCACCAGCACUUGCAGAUCAACACGCGAGUGGAAAGACAAUAAAGUCGAAAACUCUCUACUACGGGUUCUACACGCACUUUCCGGAAUCCUUGAAUGCGAUCCUCGAACCGCUUGUGAACGUUGCCAUCGUGUCCCGAUUCCAGCAGUUCCACCACGUGAUCAUCUCGAAGUGCCUCGCGCCGCGUGAAAUCCGGUUCACGCCCAUGCGGCCGCCGGCCCUGCUGCACACCACGGCGGUGCUCGACAUGUGGAAUUUCGUGUUUUCCGCCUUUGAUGCGGUCGUCAGCUUUCGCAUCCCCAUCCAGAUGUGCGUGCUCCCCGUGUUUUGCAACUUUCUGCAAAAGACGCUGAACCAGUUCGCGGACCUGUGUCUGCAGUUCGACGGGAAAGCCGCCGCGGGGAGCGGUGCCACAAGCAAGGGUACUACUUCCAUCGAGCUCGGCUCUCCAGAGCAGAUUUUUCCCCUGCUCGCCAAGGCGAAGAAGACUUUUGCCGAGGUCCGCCUCCCCGACAAUGCCGGCUACUUCUCGGAUGGAAACUCGACAUCCUCCGACGAGCAGGAGCCGUACAACUCCGGGCGCGGCGAGAUCGGUGCGAACUACGCAAGCUCGCCGGAGCCGCGCGGGGCCCCCGCGGCGGGGCGGGCUAGCGUCAGCCCGCAGCCGCAAAGCACCACGCGCCUGUCCUGGCUGCGGCGACGGGGCUCCAAGCCGGGCCGCACCGCGGCAGGUGGUGGAGCAGCAGUCCCUGUGAGUGCAGCAUCAACUACCGGAACGGCGGCUGCCCGGCAGCCCUCGCGGUAUCGGUUUUCUUUCGCGCGACGGAAGGCCAACGAUGUGAUGAACCCGAGCUCCGCUCUCCUGCAGCCCUUGGUGGCGCAGGCGCAGGUGGCCACUCCGGAAAAGCAGCUUCCGGCAAUGACCGAGAUCGUCGUCCGGGUUCGAAGUCUAGCAUUUUGUGCGCAGCAGCUGCUGCUCCUGCGGGAUCACGUCUGCGAGCAUUUGUGGGGCACCCAGGAUGGUCGUGGAGGAAGUGGUCCUUCUGUCGAGCAGGGGGGCGAACUGCGCGGCCAGCCGAGGGAAGGCGCAGCCCUGCGUCGAGAAGAAGACCGCCGAAGUUCUUACCACGGGCAGGAGGAGCAAAUGAGUAGAGGAGCAGCGGGUCGCGCAGCAACUUCCUUGGACCAGAAGCAGAAAGCCCAGGAGAUGCUGGAAACUGCGCUGCUGCGGUGUCGCCAGGCGACUCUUCUCCCCGCGGUGGAGCGGUUGAUCGGUUAUGUGUGUGGUCAUAUGGUGCACUUGGAGCUUGUAUGCAGUGCAAAUAUAAUCUCUGGGUGGUCUGGACGUCGAAGACUGCGCGAUUGUGAUAAGUAUGCAAUCUGUCAGCUAGUACGCAAAAAUCUGCACAUGCACGAGGAAAAUAUAAAGCUGCCUUCUGCUUGUGCUUGUUUUCCACUUUUGACUGCACCGAGAGACGAGCAUUUCUCAUGCCGUAUCAUUCGUGAAAUUAGAGGCUUCGCGCAGGCACAGCUCCUGCAUUGUUCCAGACUUACUGGGGCAUGCAACAAGACCACCUCUUUCAUUGUUCAUUGUUCUCCUCUUCUUGCAUAUACAAACUUCUGCAGUCUACUUCCAGAUCGCCAGACAUGUUUCCAUUGGAUAGCAUGGGAAGGCGUUGUGGGUCAGUCUGUACACGACCACAAGGACCACCGCGGGAGGCAGAUCUACUGCAGCUGCGGCGCAGUUGGCGCCGCCGAGUACAACUGCGCACGCCUUCCACCCACGAAACCGCAACCAGCUUCGCGAAAACGCCAGCGACAGUGAGGAUUCUGGGGGAGUGGAGCCUGCUGGAGGUGCGGGAUCGUCCGCCUCGCAGCCGCGCCUAGUUGGGGCGGAGAACCUCCACGACGGCCCACCGGAAGCAGAGCAGCAGGCGGUAAGUUUGGAAGCCUUGUUCGAACACAAAUGGCGCCCUGCGAUCGAAAACUUCUUUGACCAACUGGGCAUUCUGAACGGCUUCGACGUUCUUGCACAACAGGAACAUGAGGACAGCAUCGGUGGAAAUUCAAGCUCGCCAUCCAAACGACGGAACAAAAACGCAGCCUCAUCUUCGAGCACGAAAACAUUUGCGUCCACUUCGGAGCCCGACAGAGACCUGUCGAGUCUGGCCCUCACCGAGCACUUUUUGCCGGUGCUCUUUCAGGCCUGGGGAUACGUGGUCGUGCAUUUGAUGCGCCAGGGAAAAUUGGACGAUAUGCAAGAAAGAAACCGGGUAAGUGUAGGUUUGUGUUGGAGACGAUGCAAGACAGGUACAACGCUUGUCAUGCUCUAGAUAUGUAACAUCAUAGGGGGCUUCUAGCUUGAUCCGAGAUCAGAGGAGCGGGGAGAGAAGUGUCGCAAGUCAAAAAACGCCUGACAGGUCGUGUCGUCGAUCCCAGGGUGCAGUUGCUGCACAGUCUGUAGUUAUAUUCCAGGCAGCUUUCAUCUCGUGAUGCUAUUCUUCCGAAAGUAGAGUAUACACUUUCACAGUUUAUUUUUUCUUGCAUACACGACUUCCUGAAACGAGUAAUCGACGGCGACGCCGACUUCUUGAUUAACCUCGCUCGGGAGUACAGUCAAGGCACGAGUGGUCAACUUUUCAAAAAAGCGAGCAACGCGGCAUUGGACGAAGCGGUCGCGACCGCGCAAAGGUUGCAGAUUUUGCUCAACAGCGGGGUCUCCACGGAGGACCUGAAGUCCCUCGCCUGGCAGUUUGGGGCGGAGCAGCCAGCCUCUGGAAAUGCAGCAGCGUCAAGACCUGGAGCGGGCGACCAGGAGCCGCAACCUUUAGCAGAACCGGGUAAACAACACUUGACGUUCGAACAAGCAGGAGACCAGCUGAAUAUCCAGCCGCAUAACCAACUUGCGCGGACCACCACUGCUACUGGAACAACAGCUGGCUCGGGCUACCACGAUCAAAUGAGCCCGCGUCCGGGAGACCACUUUUACCGCGGUCCGCAAAACCCGCGUGUCUUAGAAGUGACGACCACCACGACCUCCAGUGCGGGACCGCGAUCCGAUUCUACAAGGCUGCGGGGUCCGUCUGCCCCGGGCACGACCACAACCAAGCUUCUCUGGGACCAGGAGAAUGAUCAAGCCCAGCAGCGCGGUCGUACCGGGUUGGUGUCGUCCGAUCCUCACUCCAGAUCACCGCAGCAACCUCAAACGUCCGACCUGUCCGUGCCGGUCGCAAAUCAGAAGAGUCAGCGGUCGGCGACACCCUCGUACCGUAGUGGGUUCUUCAACAUGCGCGGCUCGCAGAAACGCGCGCAAAGCGCUGACGUAGUGGUCCCGCCGGGCGGGGCUGGACCGGCUGCUGCGAAAUUGAAUAGGGACGAGGUAGGGCCGGCAGACGCGUCUAGUAUCCCGUCGAGAAGCAGCCUUUUGAACGCUGAAAACAGGAGUAGCACGCUCGCUGGCAUGACACCUGGAAGAUACGAAAGUCACGAGUAUGAGACCGCACAACUCCCCACAUUUCUCAUCUGUAGCGCGUAAACAACAAGACACUUGUGGUUGGCAAGCAAGAGUAGAACGCACGUUGCGCAUGACAUUCGCGAAUCUUAGUUGCAGGCUCAACAUGACAAAUUUGCACAGGAAACUCGUGCUGUUUGGACUGGCAGACCCUGUCACGCAAGCAAUGUCAAGAGGCAAAGAGUGUGUUUGGCAUUUUGCAAGACAAAUCUUGCGUCGUAUGUUGUUGGGAAUCUACUAGCUCUAGCCCGAGGUGGGCGGGGUGCAAUAGCCCGAAAAAAAAAAAACAAAUGUGAGCCAUGGUUGGAGAAGGGGUGUCGGAGCCCGAAAAAAAGCUAGACUUAGUUGGUAUAGUGGUCGGCAGAUGAUGGAUGAUGGCGAUAGCAGUUCCAUGGCCGCCUCACAUAUUGAUUUUCCCGCGUGAUACUAUUACUAGCCAUCAUCUGUGGCCGUUUUCCGAGGGGGGGCCAAGAUGCGCCGCACUUCCGUUUAGCAUCACAAAUGAGGAGGAGGGUUAGUUGUGUACUCCCAUAACGAGCAGCAGCAGAGCAUGGUGCCCAAUGCUGCUAAUUCGUCACUCGGAGCAUCCGCGGAUCGAGCAGGAGUCGGGGACCCAGCACGAGAACCGCCCCCAAAAAGCAAGUUCCGGGGAUUCAACAUGCCCAGGACCAACUUUUUUCAGAAAAAAAAAUGAGUGACAAAGAUGACACCCUCAGGGUAGCAGGUUGUCACAAUGUCGGUUGUGAGGACUUGACUCUAUCUAAAGAUCGACAAGUCCCCCAGUUGUAUCAGGUUUACUUUACUCACUCUAUCCUUGUGUUUAUGAAUUUUUGCAAAGUUACAUCUAGUAUCGGAAAUCUAGCCUCUUUCUGAAGCUAGACUGAAAGCAGGACCAUCUUCAGGAUCAUGCCGAAACGUCAAAAAAUGUUUGCACCAUUUUGAGAGAUAUUUCUUCGCUACCACAGCGCGCACGCAUCCACAGUCCCGCUAUGAUUGGUCGACCGGAGUGCGUAUCGAAACGACAGCUCCUGCAAGAUUCGCUUAUUCAUUCGUUUAUUCAACAUCACUAGCGUCGCAUCAGACUAGCUCUUCGACUCACAGAGCUGCCGUCACAAGUUAUCACAAGAAAUCGAAAAAUCAGACACAAUUCAGAGCCACGAACAGCACAUUGGAUUUCGAAGCAAUCGUAAUCUUCUGGAGAGGACUCCUGAUGUGGGUCUGUCUGUCAAAGAGGCACGCUGCAUGGCCAGCGUCAAGUUCGCAACGCGUGACGAUGAUUUUAGUUAGAAGGACUAUGCGGGAAAAACAAAAAGUCAUGACACUUUUCAGAAGAAAAAGCUGCAGAGAGACUUCAGUAGAAUUGGUUCGGAAGUCGUGAGCACUUUCAAAAACGCCUGAAGUCCAAACAGAGUCAGAUCCUGUUGGCUG